UGUGGUGACUGAUGAAUGAUGAUUUUCUAAUCACUAAAUAAAAAAUUGAAAUUUGGUCGUCAUGAACGUGGCUUGAGCGAUGUGAUGAUUUUUAUUUAUUUAAAGUCCCAAAAUACUUGUUAAAAUGUCUGAAGUUAUCGUAGCUAAAGGACAACCUUUACCAGGAGAUCCAGAAAAAAAGGGCUGGUUGUUUAAAUGGACGAACUAUCUCAAGGGAUACCAACGAAGAUGGUUCGUGUUGUCAAACGGACUAUUAUCAUACUACAGAAAUCAAGCAGAGAUGGUACAUACAUGCCGAGGAACAAUAUCACUUCUUGGAGCUCUGAUUCAUACAGCUGACUCUUGUACUUUUGUAAUCAGUAAUGGUGGAACUCAGACAUUUCAUAUUCGUGCUCAUGAUGAAGUGGAACGGCAAAGCUGGGUCACAGCUCUUGAACUUGCCAAAGCUAAAGCUAUUCGCGCACAAGAAUCUGAUGAUGAUGACGAUCAGAUAAAUUCUGGGCCAGUGCCACAAACAGAGGGAGAAAGUGAAGAUGCAGGGGGUAUUGCUAGGGAACUAAAUGCAAGAUUUCAUGAUCUACGCACAUGCUCCGAAUUGGUAACUAGACAUGGUACGGCACUACAGAGGUCUUUAGUGGAUCUUGAAAUACCACCAUCAGACACAGCAAAACAGGUUUCAGAAAGAGCUACACUAUUUAGAAUUUCCUGCAAUGCUAUGAUGAAUGCAUGCUCAGAGUUCAUGAGCGCUGCCGCAACAUCUAGCGCGCGCAUGAGUCGUGCCUUACAACACGAACGUGAACAGAAGUUGCGUCUACAAGAGAUUGUGGAACAGCUUGCAAGACAGCAUGACUCUUUGGAGAAGACAGCUAGAAGUACUCCUCAUGCAGCAGGUGGCAAUGGUUCUGGCCCCAACAACGACACAGAAGAUGAGGAACAUGAAUUUUUUGAUGCAGUUGAAGAAGGAACUUCCUCAGGAAUGGAGGACAAAAACUCUUUUGUAAUCAAAGUGCCUGUAAAUAGAAAAAACAAAGUAAAAAGCGGAGAAAGCUCUGACGAAUCAGAGGCAGAGACUGUAACGGAAACACAACAAGUAAUAUUCGUAGAAGAUAAAGAACGAGCAGAGAGUGCAAUGGGGGGUGCGGAAGCCGCCGCACUUAGUCUCAAAGAGCCAGAUAAUAAGGAGAUGGAUAUCAAGAUAUGGCCUCAUGUAUCUCAAGCAACAGAUAGUGUGAUUGAGGGAAGGCCGCGUCGAACUCGAGUGCCUGAUAAACCCAACUAUCCCCUUAGCUUGUGGUCUAUUAUGAAGAAUUGUAUAGGUAAGGAGCUAUCAAAAAUUCCUAUUCCGGUUAACUUCAGCGAGCCACUCUCAAUGCUUCAGCGAUUAACGGAGGAUUAUGAGUACUCGUAUAUUCUGGAUCAGGCAGCUACUUUCUCAGAUCCUGCUCAACAGUUGGCCUAUGUGGCUGCUUUUACGGUGUCUUCUUAUGCUACUACAGCUAACAGAACGACAAAGCCCUUCAACCCGCUGCUAGGUGAGACAUAUGAAUGUGACAGAAUGUCUGAUCUCGGAUGGAGAGUUAUAUCGGAACAGGUGAUGCAUCACCCGCCAACCAGUGCCUCUCACUGUGAAGGCGCAAGCGGAUGGAUAUGCUGGCAGCACUUUUCAGUGUCAAGUCUGUUCCGUGGUCAGUUCAUCACGAUAUCUCCAAACGAUGAGAUAUUCCUACUCUUCACUAAUUCAGGGAGUCAGUACCGGUGGCAUAAGGUAACGACAACAGUGCACAACAUUAUAGUGGGCAAGCUCUGGGUGGAUAACCAUGGGGAUAUGGAGAUAGUCGGUGAAGCCGGUCCCGCUGCUGGAUACGUAGCCCACCUCAAAUAUGUGCCUUAUGGCUACUUUAGCAAGGACACACAACGGAAGGUCACUGGAGUUGUUAAGGAUCCCAAUGGAGUGCCUCGAUACGUGCUGCAAGGUCACUGGGACACUCGCGUGGAAGUGGCGGCCGUGACGAGCGCGUCCGCAGACAACACGGUGUGCAAGACUGGCAAGUUCACGCUUGCCUGGGAACGCGUGCCGGCCCCCAACGAUUGUGACAAAUGGUACAAUUUCACCCUCCUAGCGGCGCAACUAAACGAAGCGGAAUCGGGCGUAGCGCCCACGGACUCGCGCCGUCGCCCGGACCAGAGGCUCAUGGAGGAAGGGCUUUGGGACGAGGCGAACGCCGAAAAGCUAAGGCUGGAGGAGAAGCAAAGGGCCGCGAGACGCGAACUGGAAGCCGCAGCGGAAGACGCCGCUGCUCGGGGCAGCCCUCCGCCCCCGCCGAGGGCCCCCGUGUGGUUCACGAGGCAGGCGGCCCCCGGCCAGCCCCAUUUGAGGCAUCUCUACAACAACAAGUACUGGGAGUGCAAGCAGAAGCAGGACUGGUCCGCCUGUGCCGACAUCUUCUAGCGAACCCGCCGACGGACACCGUGAGACCUAUUCGCAGUUAGGUAACGUCAAUUUUAUAGUUGCCAUUUGGGGAAUUCUGUAAUCGAUCGCAAAUUUCAUGACAGUACGGUCUUGAACGUGAGAUUCGUGUUGUUAUGGUUACUGUACAGUUCCUACAUCAAUAGUAAUAAAUGCUUAAGAGAAUGCGACCGACGUUUUGAUAAAACUAUAAAUUCGGGGCGAGCAGAAAUUUGGCUCGUAUUUGUUUGUGGUUACCAUGGUAACUAAUCUUUAGACCACGUUUUGUAAUCAGACGUUUCGUGUCCCGAAUAAGUAGAUCCUUAGCAAUGUAACAAUUUUGUAUGGACAACAUGAACUUGGGUGGUUCAACAAGUAAACGGAACAAACAUACGGACAUACAAUGAAAAAGUUUUUACUAAGAAUUAAAAAAAUAUAAACAUUGUGUAGAAGUUUGAUAUAACUCUGAAUUGUAAAAAAAGCACAGAAAUUGUAACUAAAAGUGCUAAGUUGUUUAACCUAUUAACCGAGGAAUUCGCUAUUAAAACAUAAACAAUGAAACAUGUAUCGACGAUAAUACGAAACGUGCCAUACACAAGGAUGUAUUAAUAUUGCGGGUAGGACACCCGUAUACGCUAUUGUUUACGUUUGAUGUAAUUAUACGUCCCGCUCGGUUGACAGGUUAAAUAAAAAUAAAUUUAACUUGAAAACACCUAUAUUAUAACCUAAAAUUACCAGGAAAACUAUUUUCAAAUGUAUUACUUCUUCUAUAAAAUAUAUAGCGAAUAUUUAUAUGACAUAAAAUACUAAGCAACUAUAAUGUUUGGCGUUACGAGUUUUUUAUUUGCUGUUUUGUCUAUUCCUGCAAACUGACACAAGUCGAAAACUUGUUUUGUUUGACAACUGCAGUCUCAUUGUGCCGUGAGGUUACUAGUCAUAGAAUAUGACGCGCCUUCAAAAUGCUGCCGGAGACAUGCUACUUUUAAUUUUUUCCUAUCACUACCAUCGAAACUAAGUAUUGCAUUUUAGAAUGUCAAAAAUAACCCUCACAAGUCUUUUGAUUACCACUGUUCAGAAUAUUGACACUUAUAAUCGAAUAUGGAAAAACUUGGCAAAAUUAAAAACAUUUCUAUCAAAUUAUAUUUUCCUAACAUGUCUUUGUGUUACUUCUGUCUUAAACGUCUCAAACGAGUCUUUCUUCCAAACGAGGGCUGAUAAGGUGGUAGUCGAUAUUAUAUAAAAUAAUUAGCUUGUCUGUGGUAGCUUGAGGCGUUACACCAAUUUUAAAAAAUAAGAUAUAAUUGUAAAACCAUAAAUAAUUUUCGGAAAUGUAUUGUAACAAAAUAAGAUUAUAAUAAUUUAUGACAAUUUUUAAUUUUAGUUUCAUUUACAAAUCAAUGGGUCCAGUCAGUUUUUCUGUUUGUGUGAUUUUCCAUUGUUUAAAAAUUAAACACAAUCUUUAGCAACUGACGUUUAAACACGAAAAAAAUCUAAUAAACUCAUACAUUUAUUUUGUAGCACAAAACAUUUCAUGUUUGAUGAUGUUUUUUUUAAAUAGCUGAACUGGACGUAAUACAUAGUACGAAAUUGCAUUUAAUAAUGUUCAAAAAAUAUCUCGAUAAAGUAUAACUAAGGUUCUUUGGGAAGUGGUGGUUUUGCACAGUAAUUCUUAAUUUUGAUUAACUUGUUCUCAAGGAAGAUACUGGAGUCUCAGAAACAGCAUAACAUUAUAAUUCUCACUACUCAUUCCAUAAUAUAAUAUUCUUUGUUGUUCACUUUCAUUAUUGUAAGAUAUUUUAUUGUUUAAAUAACUUAUUAUUUAAAAUUGUUUGUUUAAGAUGCAUACAGUUUCACUGCUAUAUUUGUAUUCAAUUUUGAGAUUUUUUUAUAAAAUAAAGGGUUAAGUUCAAACGUGUACGUACGCCUUUGGGCCUAAAUCAAUAGGAAUGUGGAAUAAAAGUUAUAUGUUUAAUAUAAAUUAUACAGACAACGAAACUCGUUAAUUUAGUAUCUGGUUGAUCAUUUGGAUUACUACGCUGUAAAUAUAAUAGUAUUUGCUUUUUUAUAAAUUUACUAUAAACAUUAACCUUUUUCAAAUAAGCCUUUUAAUAUUCUAGCGACUUUAUAUAACAGUAGGUGCUUCAUAAAGGAUGUAUAUAAUUUCCGUGUAUACUAGUAAUAUUUAAGUUUACGUACUUUUUUGUAAACUUUGUAAACUAAACCUUGUCAGCGUCGAAAAUACAUCCUUGAUAUUUCCGCUUCCAAUUUCAAACACAAAAGCCAAAUGAGCGCACUAAGGAUUAUUUUUUAAAAUAAUUUUUGUACCGUGUAAAUAAUGGCGAAACUGCAAGUGUAUUCCAGAACUAAGCGUAGUUGCGUCCAAAUACACUAAGGUUAACGGGUUCCGCAUUCUUGACGGGACGUUUGAGCUUGUUCCAUAGACUACGUGUACAAUGCCUUAAAUAGGAGUAACGCCGUUAACAAGGCGAGUUAGUAUCAAAUCCACGUUACCUGUGUGGGUUUGAUACCAACUUGUAUGUGAUGUAGAUUAUUUUGUAAGAACUAUUACAAAUUGUACAUUUUCAAGUGGAUGUAAGAUAAUUUGUUAAUAUUUUUAUUAAUAGAAUGAUGUUUGAAUACAAGCCGUAACAUCUGUAUCAUGUUAUAAAAAAUAAACUAUAAUA